UACAGAAGAAGGACAAUAACCGAAGAAGUCAGAUUACCCAACAUGGCGGCGCCCAUCUGCGACACUCAGUGACAGGCGGUGUCUCCGGUCAGAGGAAGACUCCGUCAGAGGUUCACCUCGAGACGAGAUGUUCCCAGAAACGGCUCACUGGUUAAGAAUGGCGGCUCCAUCUUUUUCUCCAACCGUCUUGUUGAAGGAUCUGGGACGGAUGUCCACACACGGACAGGCCCGGAGACACUUCGCUGUCAGCCGAUGUCUCACAGCCAAAGCUCCCCCCGCGCGCAGACCCAGGGAGAGAGUGGAGAUCCCCGGGCUGGAGAUGGUCACGUACGGGGAAAGGAUGCACUAUGUCCCGGGGCUGGCCAAGCCCGUGUACCCUCAGUGGGAGAGGGACUACAAGGACCCGAGAUACUACAAGGCCCCCCCGGCCCACCAGAUGCCCCUGUACAAAGAGAAGCCGUGUUACGUGUAUAACCAGAGGACCAGCGCCCUGGAAGGUGUGCAGCAGGCUCUGUGGUUGACCAAAUCCAAGCUAAUCUCUGGUCUGCCGCCUCAUCUGCUCUCAUUGGCUGAGAAUCCUGCCAAUCAGAUACCAGAUCAGGACGAACGCGUGCAGAAUGCCAUCAAACAUGCGCGCUUCUGGGACACAACAGAGGACCGACCACGCAAAGAGACAUACAGCAACACUUUGCUCUCCAACCUGCUCCACCUGUGUGCCACUCUACAGUCUAGACACCCUGCAAUUGGAAGGAGGAUCCCCGCUGAGAAGUACUCAUUGGCCGCUUCGUGGAAGAGAGGUGAGGACCUGUUCCAGGUUAGGGGUCAGAAUGGUUUGCUGUAUAACUGCAUGGACCCCUUGCCAGAGGUUUCUGGGAAACAGGAAGUGGGCGACACGGCAGAUCACAUCCUCAAAGCCUUCUAUCCCGUCUCCCCGUCCAUUGACCUGCAGAAGGUACACCUGUACGAGGAGGAAGUGAACUGCUCAGGUUUCAGGAAGGGCUACCCUUACCCUCAUGCCCACACACUUUACUUCCAGGGGGCUGGAGACGUUAACUGUAAGCUCCUCCCAGAACAAUUCAGAGCCAAGAUGGUGAUGUUUGCCUUUGGAAACGCUCUGGCCCGUGCACACAGCCUGUAUGGGACACAGCCACAGUCUCUAUUGGGCCGUCCUAUCACAGUACAGGCAGUGGGGACCAACGGGAGACUUUUCCAGUUCCUGGUCUUCCAGCUCAACACGACAGAUCUUUCAGGAGACGAUGGCAUCAAGAACCAGGUGUGGCUGGAUGAAAAUGUCGAACUCUAUGAUUAUGCAAAAGUCCGACCUCUCAUCAAGAAGAAGCAAGUGAAGGUACCAGCUGGUCUGGCAGGUUACAGGCCUGAAACAUUCAGGAAGUUCCUGGCCCUGUACCUGCAUGGAGCCGUGUAGGACUACACCGAGUUCUGUGUGUGUGUGUGUGUGUGUGUGUGUGUGUGUGUGUGUGUGUGUGUGUGUGUGUGAGAGAUCAAAAGUCCUCCUUCACUGAUGUGGUUCACAACAGAAUGAACUACAAAACUCAUUGCCACCCUGAACCCCCCUCCUCCCUUUGCUCCUGAUUCUGUAGAGCUCAUUCAAUAAAAACUUUCUGAAUAUGUA